AUGAAGAUUGCUGUGAUCGGGCAGAGUCUGUUUGGCCAGGAAGUUUACUGCCAGCUGAAGAAGGCAGGCUAUGAGGUGGUGGGAGUGUUCACUAUCCCAGACAAGGAUGGGAAGGCAGACCCACUAGGCGUAGAAGCUGAGAAGGAUGGCGUGCCAGUGUUCAAAUUCCCCCGCUGGCGGGCCCGCGGGCAAGCUCUUCCAGAAGUGGUGGCCCAGUACCAGGCUGUGGGGGCUGAGCUCAAUGUCCUGCCUUUCUGUAGCCAGUUCAUCCCCAUGGAGGUCAUCAAUGCUCCCAGGCAUGGAUCCAUCAUCUACCAUCCAUCUCUGCUCCCCAGGCACCGAGGGGCCUCAGCCAUCAACUGGACCCUCAUCCAUGGAGACAAGAAAGCAGGCUUCACUGUCUUCUGGGCUGAUGACGGUCUGGACACCGGGGAUCUUCUGCUCCAGAAAGAGUGUGAGGUCCUCCCGGACGACACAGUGACCACUCUGUACAAUCGUUUCCUCUUCCCUGAAGGCAUCAAGGGCAUGGUACAAGCUGUGAAACUGAUUGCAGAGGGAAGAGCUCCCCGAAUCCCUCAGCCUGAGGAAGGGGCCACCUAUGAGGGGAUUCAGAAGAAAGAAGUGGCCAAGAUCAACUGGGACCAGCCAGCAGCAGCCAUUCAUAACUGGAUCCGAGGGAACGACAAGGUGCCCGGUGCCUGGACUGAGGCCUGUGGACAGAAGCUGACAUUUUUCAACUCUACACUGAACACUUCGGGCGUCACACUUGAAGGUGAAGCUUUGCCCAUCCCAGGAGCGCAUCAGCCAGGAGUGGUCACCAAAGCAGGACUCAUUCUCUUUGGAAAUGAUGGAAAGAUGCUGCUGGUGAAGAACAUCCAGUUAGAAAAUGGCAAGAUGAUUCCAGCAUCACACUUCUUCCGGGGAGAAGCUUCUGAUGUCCUUGAACUCACAGAGGAGGAGCGGGUCACUGCCGAGGCCGUGAGGAGUAUCUGGAAGAAGAUCCUCCCUAAUAUCUUGAAGGUUGAAGACUCCACUGAUUUCUUCAAGUCGGGGGCUGCCUCUGUGGAUAUUGUAAGGCUGGUGGAGGAAGUGAAGGAACUCUGUGAUGGCCUAGAAUUGGAAACAGAAGAGGUUUACAUGGCUACCAGCUUUGGAGACUUCAUCCAGUUGUUAGUGAGAAAGUUGCGAGGGGAAGAGGACAACAACGAACAAGACAUUGAUUACGUGGAAAAGUCAGUGAAUAAGCUGACCCUCCGAAUGCCCCACCAGCUCUUCAUUGGGGGGAAGUUUGUGGACGCUGAGGGUAAUGAGACCUUUGACACCAUCAACCCUACGGAUGGAAGCGUCAUCUGCCAGGUGUCCCUGGCCCAGAGUGCUGAUGUUGACAAGGCAGUGGCUGCUGCAAAGGACGCCUUCGAGAACGGGCUGUGGGGAAAGAUCAACCCUCGGGAUCGGGGACGGCUUCUGUCCAGGCUGGCGGACCUCAUGGAGGAGCACCAGGAGGAGCUGGCUACCAUCGAGGCCCUGGAUGCAGGCGCUGUCUACACGCUGGCCCUCAAGACCCACGUGGGCAUGUCCAUCCAGACCUUCCGCUACUUUGCUGGCUGGUGUGACAAGAUCCAGGGUUCCACCAUCCCAAUCAAUCAGGCCAGACCCAAUCGCAACCUGACUUUCACCAAGAAGGAGCCUAUUGGAGUCUGUGGCAUUAUCAUUCCCUGGAACUACCCCCUAAUGAUGCUUUCCUGGAAGACUGCUGCCUGCCUGGCUGCCGGGAACACUGUGAUCAUCAAACCUGCCCUGGUGACACCUCUCACUGCCUUGAAGUUUGCGGAGCUGUCAGUGAAGGCUGGCAUCCCCAAGGGUGUAAUCAACGUCAUCCCAGGCUCUGGCCAAAUGGCAGGUCAGAGUCUCUCAGACCAUCCAGAUGUGAGAAAAAUUGGAUUCACAGGCUCCACAGAGGUGGGAAAGCUCAUCAUGAAAAGCUGUGCCCUGAGCAACCUGAAGAAGGUCUCCUUGGAGCUGGGAGGAAAGUCACCCCUCAUCAUCUUUGCUGAUUGUGACCUGAAUAAGGCUGUACAAAUGGGGAUGAGCUCAGUCUUCUUCAACAAAGGAGAGAACUGCAUUGCGGCCGGCCGGCUCUUUGUGGAGGACUCCAUUCACGACCAGUUUGUGCAAAAAGUCGUAGAAGAGGUGAAGAAGAUGAAGAUUGGGAACCCAUUAGACCGGGACACCAACCAUGGCCCUCAGAACCACGAAGCCCACCUCAGGAAGCUGCUUGAAUACUGUCAGCGUGGUGUGAAGGAAGGGGCCACUCUGGUCUAUGGUGGAAAGCAAGUCCCCCGGCCAGGCUUCUUCUUUGAGCCGACUGUGAUGACCAAUGUGGAAGAUCACAUGUUCAUCGCCAAGGAGGAGUCAUUUGGACCCAUCAUGAUCAUCUCUCGGUUUGCUGAUGGUGACGUGGACACUGUGCUGUCUCGGGCCAAUGCCACAGAAUAUGGCUUGGCCUCUGGCGUCUUUACCAAGGACAUCAACAAAGCACUGUAUGUCAGCGACAAGCUCCAAGCUGGCACAGUCUUCAUCAACACGUACAACAAGACUGACGUGGCAGCCCCGUUUGGGGGAUUCAAACAAUCAGGGUUUGGCAAGGACCUGGGAGAAGCUGCUCUCAACGAAUACCUGAAGAUCAAGACGGUCACCUUUGAGUACUGA